UCUCCUCGUUGUUGCAUUAAAUAAGGAGCUUCCGAGCUUCGGAAUUCUAGAGAGAGAAAGCUGAUACUAUAUAUCCUAGAGAGAGAAAGAGAGGUUUUCGACGUCGCACUAUACUCGGAGGGAGAGAAAAUGGAGGAUCUGCAGGAGGAAGAAAACGGAGAAGAGGAGGUGCAAGGGUCGAGCUUGACGAUGGAGAAGGUCGCCGCGGCCAAGCAGUUCAUAGAGAACCACUACAGAGCUCAAAUGAAGAACAUUCAGGAACGAAAGGAGAGACGAUGGCUUUUAGAAAGGAAAUUGGCUUCCUCAGAUGUACCUGAGGAGGUACAGAUCAACCUAAUCAAAGAUUUAGAGCAAAAGGAGACAGAAUUUAUGCGGCUCAAAAGGCACAAGAUAUGUGUGGACGAUUUUGAGCUUUUAACCAUUAUUGGGAGGGGAGCCUUUGGUGAGGUUCGGUUAUGUCGGGAGAAAAAAUCUGGCAACAUUUAUGCGAUGAAAAAGUUGAAGAAGUCUGAAAUGCUUAUGAGAGGACAGGUGGAACAUGUUAGGGCUGAGAGAAACUUGCUGGCUGAAGUUGGCAGCCACUGUAUAGUCAAACUUUACUACUCAUUCCAAGAUGCUGAGUUCUUAUAUCUGAUUAUGGAAUAUCUGCCUGGUGGUGACAUGAUGACUUUGCUUAUGAGGGAAGAUACCUUAUCUGAAAAUGUUGCUAGAUUUUACAUUGCACAGAGUGUGCUGGCAAUAGAAUCCAUUCACAAACACAACUAUGUUCACAGAGACAUCAAACCUGACAACCUUCUACUGGAUAAAAACGGUCACAUGAAACUCUCAGAUUUUGGCCUCUGUAAGCCUCUUGAUUGUACAACUUUACCUGCACUGCAUGAAAAUAGAACUAUGGGUGACGAAAAUUUGACAGAACCAAUGGAUAUCGAUGGAUGUUUAACUGAUGCGGAUAAUAGGAAAAGCUGGAGGAGCCCUCGUGAACAGCUUCAGCAUUGGCAGAUGAAUAGGAGGAAGUUGGCGUUUUCAACUGUGGGAACUCCAGACUAUAUUGCUCCUGAAGUACUAUUGAAGAAAGGAUAUGGGAUGGAGUGUGAUUGGUGGUCACUUGGAGCAAUAAUGUACGAGAUGCUUGUUGGUUACCCUCCAUUCUAUUCAGAUGACCCAAUAACUACUUGCAGAAAGAUUGUUCAUUGGAGAAACCACCUUCAUUUCCCAGAAGAUGCAAGGUUGACACCUGAGGCUAAGGAUCUGAUUUGUAGGAUGCUCUGUGAUGUUGAACAUAGGCUGGGUACUGGAGGGGCACAUCAAAUUAAAUCUCACCCUUGGUUCAACGGUAUAGUGUGGGAUAAACUCUAUGAGACGGUGGCAGCGUUCAAACCAGAAGUGAAUGGAGAGCUUGAUACCCGGAACUUCAUGAAAUUUGAUGAAUUGGACCCCCCAGCACCAACAAGAACUGGCUCAGGACCCUCUCGGAAGUUGCUCUUAACUCCUAAGGAUCUCAGCUUCGUUGGCUAUACAUACAAGAACUUUGAUGCUGUAAAAGGGCUUCGUCAAUCUCUUGGCGAAGCUAGGGCAGGUCAUGGUACUAGCCAGACACCAGAGGAAAUAGAGGUUCAAAUGCUUGCAUCGUCAGGUGAUCCCAUGUUACCAUAGUUAUAUCAUGAGAUAACACAAAUGGCAAGCAAUCCCAAGAUGCAGAUGUUGCACGCGCCUGCUUAAUAUAGGCAGUGCUUAAUGUUAUUAUCUGCAUUUCAUGUGGACUGGAUGCCAAUGCUAUUUUCAGAACAACCUUAUAAGUGUACAGUAGUCUUUGAAGAGCUUCAUAAAAGCCGAGGGCUAAUGAGACUUUAGUUUAAAGUUUUUUGUGAAUUAGAUUCUAGAAGGUAGGACAGAGAAGUGUGGGCUUUUCUUGGCUGCCCAGGUUGGCAGUUAGCAUACUCGCCUUCGCUAGUGGCAGUAUCUGGUCAAAAUAGUAUUAAGGAAAAACUAGUAAGAAACUCCAUGGCCGUUUACAGAAAAUCUGCCCUUCUGGGGAAAGCCCAUUAUUGGCCGUGGAGAAAAUAGUUGUGGAAACAUGUUCCCUCAAUUCGCAACUCUUGCCUCGAUUAUUGAGGUUGUUAAUUGUACUGGCCUGUUUUGCAUCCCUAAUUGGAUCAUUCUUCUUUCUUUGUUUCUUGAUG